AUGUCAGGCAGGCGCAAUAACAAGAGCUUUAAUGCUAAUAAACGCGGCAAUAGGCAAAAUAAUGCCAACCGUGAACGAAAUAAUGCUCAAGAGGAAAGUAGCAGCGGUCGAGGUAGAGGUGGCGGCGAUAAUAGGAAUCGAAAUAAUCGAGGUCGGUUUGGUCCAGCCGGCUCUAAUUAUUCUCAGAGAAACUAUAACCCAUUAUCGCGCGAAGAAGCUGUGAGGUUAGGAAAUAAUCAAAAAGAGUUAAUGAAUAAAAAUUUUGUAUCUUCAUCCUUGUCGUUGGAGGAUAGCGAAGCGAUUCUUCCGAUGAAACAUGGAGACGUACUAAAAGAUUAUUGGCGAAGAGCUAUUCACCGACCUUUAGAGACCCAACGAUACAUCCGACAAUUUAUAAACUCUUGUAUUAUCACUGCGGAUCAGAAAGGCUUAGAAGCUGAAGAUCUGGUGGGAAAAUUGGGAAUGGAUGAAGGAUUAGAUCGGAUCCGUGAAAUUGUGAUGUUUCCCGUAUCAUCUGAUGCUGGAACUUCUCCACAAUCGGCUUCAUUCCAGAGAGUUAUUCUGCCAUUUUUCGCUUUACUUACUCGAAAGGAGGUUGCCCGUUGUAAUUUGGAAAGAAAUGUUAACGCGAUUUUUUCCGUAUUGUACAGUAAUGUUGACGCUUUCAUUGGCAAUCAAGUCAUGAAUGCCUUUGAUAAACUCUUUAAGCAAAAAAGUUUGGAAGAUCGCUCAAUAUCUUCUGAAAAGAUCUUGGAAAUGGAAAGUGAUUCGAUUAUUGUUUCAUCCUUUUUUCAACCUUUUAUGUUGAUUGGAAAAUUAAUUAAAGAGUUACUACGUCGAUUCAAAGAGGCGUCUGUCAACGAAUCGGUACAGCGUAUUGUAAAACGAUUGGAUGAUGCUAGAUUAUUAUGGGAAGAAUCGAUUCGGAAGGAUGAAAAUGUCUAUAAUGAUUCGUUAGCUUUUCAAGAACACAAAAAUUAUGCACUGGAGAUUUUAGAAAAUGAGUUUACGUAUCUUAAGAAAAUGUUGAAAAUUAUUCAGAAAAAUGAACCAAAAUCUUCGCUAAAAGUUAAAUCACGUGAAGGAUUAAUCGCGGAUCUAAAAGCAAGAUAUGAUCCUCCGGGAGAAUUAUCUGAACGUGGACCGCGUCAUGAUAAUGACUUUACCGAAAUUAGCAAAAUCUCUAUUAUUCCGACUCAAAACGAAAUCAUUUCCGCUACACGUGAACCAUUUCUACCGUUUUGCGAUCCGAAUUCGCUGCAUUUUCUUCCUGAUGGAGUGGAAAGACUAUUAGACACAAAUUUUAGGCUUUUGAGAGAGGAUAUGUUGAAUCCGAUUCGUCUUGGAAUAAUAAAUUUUCUCGAGUAUCUUUCCGAAGACGCAAAUAAAGAGGGAAAAAAAUCUCGUGUCUCGUUGUCCGAGAAUGGAAGAUUCAAGUUCGAGAAUGGGAUGGAUAACGGAGAUUUAAUUGUAUACAAUAAUGUUCAAUUUACCGAUAUCAUUGUUGAUCGACGCCGCGGAUUCUCAACUCGCGUCUCAUUCUCAGCUCCAAAUAUCAAAGGGUCAAAAUCAAAAAAGGAGCGUAUAGAGUAUUGGAGUAAGGCAAAGAGAUUGAUGAAUGGAAGUUUGGUUUGCUUGCUUUGGCCGAUUGCGACCAAAUCUAAUGAUAAUGAUAAUAAAAUCACACAUAAAUUAUUCUUUGGAACUGUAGUUAACCGUGAUGAAGAACGAUUAGCAAAAGAUGAAAAUUGGAUUGAAAUUGACAUUAAUUUCAUAGAUCACUCCGUUUAUCCUAUCGCGCUUGCAGAUAUCGCUAAAAGAGGUUAUUCAAAUCUAAAUAUAGAUGCCGGGAAAUACAUUGUUGAAUCAACCGGCGUAUAUCUCGAAUCUUAUUAUCACGUGUUAAAGAGGCUUCAGAGCACGAAUCCAUCAGAAUUUCCGUUCGAAAGAUAUUUGACACCAUCUGAAUCACAUCAAGUGAUAUCUCCUCCACUAUAUGCUCGUGCUCCUCAACAUGAAUUUAUCCUUUCUCGCACGAAAAAAUGUAAACAUGUUCCAAAUCAGAUUUCACUCAAAGUCAAUGAACCAAAUUCGCAACAACUAUGCAUGAAACAGCUAAAGGAAGCUGGCCACGUAGACGAAACUCAAGCCAAAGCUAUUGUGGAAUCUUUAUCACGUGAAAUCGCGUUAAUUGAAGGUCCACCUGGUACCGGAAAAUCGUACGUUGGUGUGGAAAUCGUUGAAAUCCUCAUCACCAAUCAUAUCUACCCAAUUCUUGUCAUAUGCUAUACAAAUCAUGCGUUGGAUCAAUUUUUGGAAGAUAUUCUUGAACGGGGCAUCGAUCGCAUGGUACGAUUGGGAAGUCGAUCAAAAAGUGAAAGAAUCCAGCAGUUUGGCAUAGAUGAAAUAGCACGUUAUUGCGAAAAAAGUCCAGCGGCGCGAAAACUUCUAUACUCAGCGACCAGAGAUCUUGAAGAGCUCAAAGAAGAAAUUGAUGAGGUCAAAACUCGUCUAUUACGAUCGAAUAUUUUUUGGAGGGAUGUUCAACAGAUACUAUAUACAGAAUAUCCGGAGCUCUAUUUGAAAUUUAUGGAGAAAAAUCACAACUUUGAUUUUGGCGAAGAAUGGGUUAACAAAAAUGCCAAAAAUAGUUUUGAUUAUUGGGCUCAAUAUCAAGACAUUAAAUUGGGAGAACAAAUGAAAAAAGGAAUUAAUAAGAAAAAGGCGAAUAGUAUUGCACAUGACAAUCCGUUCAAUGCUCUUGGUAAUGAUGACGACGAGGUUGAUGAGGAUCAAAUUAUCGAGGACUUGGAAAAUGAAAACGAAAUUACUUAUUGGGAAAAUUGGGAGCCACCGAAAGGAAAUCGAAAGAUUGAUGUAUUGAUGGACGGAGUUGAUAUUUGGCAAAUGUCGAAAGUUGAACGAAAGAAAAUACUUGAUCAUUUGAAAGAACAGAUUUUCAAUGAAUGCAUUGAAACUCUUAAAGAUCUUCAAACCCGUCAUGAAGAAAAAAGAAAAGAGAUCGAAAAUGUAUAUGAUGAGACGCGUCGACGAAUUCUUGAACGCACCCAGAUUAUCGGAAUGACGACCUCGGGUGCAGCGAAAUUCCAAUCAAUUAUUGCUUCAAUUGGUCCUCGCGUUAUUAUUUGCGAAGAAGCUGGUGAAGUUCUCGAAGCCCAUAUAUUAACUUCUUUAACAUCUAAUACUCAACAUUUGAUAAUGAUUGGUGAUCAUCUACAACUACGCCCCCACAUUGCAACCUAUUAUUUAGAUAUGGAUUCCGAUGUCGGGAAAAAUUACCAGUUGAACAAAUCCCUUUUUGAAAGACUUGUUCAUGGCGACAAUGCGAUGAAAUUACCAAUGUCACAAUUAACGACUCAGCGUCGUAUGAGACCAGAGAUUUCUGAUUUAGUCCGAUACACAUUAUAUUCGGAGUUGCAAGAUGCACCAGAAACCACUAAAUAUCCCAAAGUGUCUGGUGUACAGCAUAAUGUCUUUUUCCUGGACCACCAUAAGCCUGAAGACAAGUCGGGCUCGAUUCAGUUAGCUUUACAGUCUCAUUCGAAUAAAUUUGAAGCUGAUAUGAUUGUCGAAAUGGUGAAAUACCUCGUUCGGAAUGGUUAUAAUAAACCGGAUGAUAUCGCCAUUCUAACUCCUUAUCUAGAUAGCAAAAAAUCAAACUUCACGAAGUUGAACACCUAUGCUGCGAAAAGAUCGUUACAACAACAAGUGACCUUAAGAACUGUGGACAAUUUCCAAGGCGAGGAAGCGAAAAUUGUAAUCAUAUCACUUGUUCGAAACUCGGCCAACACGAAGGAGGGAAAACGCGCAAAAAUUGGCUUUCUGGAUUCUCCCAAUCGAACAAAUGUGUUGUUAUCACGUGCAAAGCAUGGCAUGUUUCUUCUUGGAGAUGCCCAAUUGUUUCAAAAUAGAUCUCCAAUGUGGAACGACGUAAUCAAAAUCCUGCGUCAGCGAAACCAAGUUGGAAAGGCAUUUCCGGUAUUAUGUGAGCAGCAUCCGCAUUAUACGAAUAACAUUUCUCAGCCUGGUGACUUCGUUAAAGUAUCUCCAGAUGGAGGAUGCAUGGAACCGUGUCAGUUCCAACUUCCUUGUGGUCACCAAUGUCCAUAUAAAUGUCAUGCCGAUGAUAGGGAACACAUUGGUGUAUUUUGUCAGAAACCUUGCGUUAAACUCCAUGUCGAAUGUCAGCAUCCUUGCCAGUUACGAUGUGGGGAUGAAUGUGGAUUAUGCAUAUUAAAAGUUGGUGAUCUAACUUUACAAUGUGGUCAUGUAUACGAAAAACCGCACUGUUAUCAAGCACAAAAGCCAGAAAGUUUAAAAUGUCGAGUAAGGUUGACUCGUAAACUUGUUCGAUGUGAACAUGAAUUAAAAAUGUUUUGCCACGAAGACGUUAAUACAAAAGAAUGUUUUAGUGAAUGUGGAAAGCUUUUGAAAUGCGGACACGCAUGCAAGGCAGCAUGUUCUGAAUGCCAAACAAGGUCAAUUCGAGCGAAUAAUGAUACUCCAGAAUUUGAUAGUGAAAUGCAUAUAAAGAGAACUAAUCAUGCAAAAAAAUGUCAACAAAUUUGUGGAAGUGUCUGUGCGGAACCUUGUGAUUGGAGCUGCGUACAUCAAGGAGAAUGUCCCUUAACAUGCGGCGCUCCGUGUUCUCGACUUCCAUGUAAUGAGCGAUGUCAACUAAAAUUGGAGUGUGGGCAUCAAUGUCCAGGUGUCUGCGGAGAUAUUUGUCCUUCAAAAGAAUUUUGUCCUAGCUGCGCAACCGAAAAUGUAAAGUCACAAGUUGUGGACUUGAUUAUGCAAGAAACGUUUGAGGCGGUGGAUUGGAACGAAGAACAUCGAUUGGUGGUGUUGGAUUGUGGUCAUUGCUUCACAAUGGAAACAAUGGAUGGAAUGAUGGACAUAGAGAAAUUUUAUACCAGUAAAAUUAAAAAUGGUGAAAUCAAAUGGAGUGAAACAAAAGAACUACCUUCUGAACAUACAGAGAUAAAAGUCUGCCCCAAUUGUAGAGGAGGAAUUAAUUCUCAUCGAUAUGGUCGCAUAAUCAAAAAAGCAACGUUGAAUCUUCAAACGAAGAAAUUUUUACAAAAACAUGACAAAAAUUUGCAAAUUCUCAAAAACAAUCUGGAUAUUUCAAUAAAAUCAGUCGAGCAUGAUAGGGAAAAGUUCUUGGAAAAGAUGGUAGAAUCUCUAAAAAAAUACAAUAGGCAAGAAGAAAAAGAUACUCAAACAGACUUCAUCGUGAAAGUCAAUAAAAGGAGAAUACCAGAAUUGGCUCCGAUAAAUAAAUUUAAAGAAAUAUUAGAAUAUGGAAUACCUAAAGCUCAACAGACGCUGUGGAAUAAACAUGUGAAAAAAUUUAUUUCGACGUAUACAGAUUUGACAUCGACUAUUAUUGCAUCGACAAAUCCCCCAUAUAAAAAAGCCUACGAAGCAGCCGUGGCGAAUCUAUAUCGAAGAAAAACCGAGAUUGAUAUAGAACAAGAUCUGUUAGAACGUUUUGACAAAUUGAGCUUUACCUCGAAUGAUCUCAUCAAACAGUAUAAUGAGACACUCGAUGAAGUGAAGAUUAGACCAAAGGUUGACAAAAAAAUAUAUUUGGAUGCUUUUUCGGAAAUUGUCAAUAUUCAAAGGGCAUUGUUCCAAGAAAGUUGCAAGGUUAUGGAAAUUUUGAGACCACUAGACACGACAUUGUGGGAAGCAUGGAAAAUUUUCAGUUUAACAAUUCUAGAAUCAGCUAGCUCACAUAUAGACCAUAUAAUUAAGACUUCUUAUCAAAGGCACAAUCGCAAUUAUGUGCUCGCUUCAAUUGAACACGCAAGAUUAGCAUAUCAAGUUGGAAAGUUUACGAUCUCAUAUUCGAAUACGAUUACUGACCAAAUGGCAAAAGAUAUCGAAACGAAUUGCUGUGAAGUCAUCAAGAAAAAACUCGAAAAACUAAGAAUUGAAUUAGUUCGACUAAAUGCAGAGCAUCUCGAAAAACAAUGCGAUGAAAUGAUUGAAGAUAUACUAAAAGAUGUCGAAAAUUUAAGAAUAGCUGCAAGAAAUAAAACACAAUUGACAAAAGAACAAAAACUUGAAAUUGUUCGUGCGAUGCAAAAAGAAUUUCUUGGAUCUGGCCAUUGGUACGAAUGCCCUAAUGGUCACCCCUACACAAUUGGUGAGUGUGGUGGAGCUAUGGAGCAGUCAAGAUGUCCAGAUUGUGGAGCGGCGAUUGGAGGGGGUGGACAUAGGCUUACCAGUAACAAUCGCAGAAAUGAGGAGUUUGACACGAUCAAUUAA